AUGGCGUCGUCAACAUCUACCCUUUCCGAAGAGCUGUUUCCCAAAGAAACGCCCUCCGAAACCCCCAACACCGCCAGUACACCGUCUACCAUGACGCCCCCAACAACGGAAGCGGGGUCAAAUACUCCUGCGGAUCCGAUUGCUACUUCAUCCGCGAGCGCCCCGCCCACUGCAGCUAUAGAAACCGAAUCUGCCAGUAAGCCAAAGGCUAAGGGAAAGUGCAUUCACAAGAAGAAGAAGGAGGCAGAGGAGAAGGAGAAGGAGAAGGAAAAGGCAAAGAAAGAGAUGGAGGAGAAAGAGAAAGCCGAGAAAGAAGAGCGGGAGCGAAAGGAAAAAGAGGAGAAGGAGAAGAAAGAACAGGAGAAGAAAGAAAAAGAGGGGAAAGAGAAGAAGUCGAAGAAGGAUAAAAACGAUUCUGAUAGCUCCUCAUCCUCCUCUUCUUCAUCGUCAUCAUCGUCAUCAUCCUCGGAUUCAGAGGUUGAUGGGGAUGAGGCCUUGGCAGCUGCGAUCAGGUUGAUAUUAGCAAAAUCAUCCAAGUCAAAGCAGAGACGGCAGAAGGAGAAAAGAAAGAAGGCCAAAGCUAAGAAGGCCAAGAAAGAAAAGAAGAAGGCCAAAAAGGAAAAAGAAGCCGAGAACGGUGCGGCAGAUGAAGGUGAAAAGAAGGAUGGAGAGGAGAAGACCGAGGAUAGAGCCAGUGUUCUGGAAUAUAAGCGUGUUGAUGAGCUUUACGACAAGGAACUUCACGAUUAUAAGAUCUGCGACACGGUCCCUCACCCCAAAACAGAUAAAUACUCCUCAUUUAUCUUUACGGUCCGCCGUGUCUUUGAUUACGAAAACAAAUACCUCGAGACCCAGGUUGACAUCAAGUCCCCCCUUCUCAAAGAGGCUCUGGCUGGAAUAAUUGGGGAUGUUAGAGGCGUUUCUUUGGUCGAAGAUAUUCCCUCGGUUGACCCAAAUAUGCUAUUCAACUUUCUCCCCGAGUUUGAAGCAUGGGUCGAUAGGAAGUCAAAACUCAAAGGUUUACCAGAUAAAGAACCCCCCAAGCCGACCGGACCCAUAACAGGCAAACCUGUUCCUCCUCCGUUAACAGCUGCAGAGGUUUCCUCACAAAUUGACCAAGUCAAACUUCUCAUCGAAUACCUAAACACAGACUUUGCCCCUACGAAAGCAGCUCUCUUCCCUCUGUUGGAGAACUCCAUGAUUACAUUUGAUUUACUCUGGGCCCUGUUGAAACCUGGAGUCAUCAUGUAUACGACUUGUGCAGGAAGCAACGAGCCAAGAGCUUUCAAACUAGAAUACGCACAGAAGGAGUCCAGCUUUAUGAGAGGAAAAUGGUGGGCCCUCGAAGGUAAAUAUCUGGAAUAUGACGGAAAGGAUGGACCCGUAGAGGCUGGUGAUGUCGAGGGAGGAGGCUUUGGUUGGGGAACAGUCAGCGUCGAUAUUGAAGGGUUUAAGGGUGCAAGGAAGAUUACUUCGUUGUCAUCUUAUCCGUUGGACUUUAGAAAGGAUAAGGAAACUAUGAGGAAAACCCUUGUUGAGCGGGGACGGAAGUUUGUAUCCCUGAGAGGGAUGCAAUACAAGAUGCACAACGGAAUUGCAUUCAUCAGGAAGAAGCGCCAAUAUGUUAAAAUUCAUGUUAAAGGUCGGAUUAUGAUUGACCCUGCGACAUUCCGGCGCAUAAAUCCCAACUAUGUCAUUUCCUCAAUUAGAUCCCGGUACGACGAUGAUGAAGAGGCCGAGAAUAAUAACAAUAAUGGAGAGGAACAUGAGUCCGAAGAGGGUGAAGGUGGCGAAUGUACUGAAUGUUGCUGCAGCGGGGAAGAUGAUGGCAAAACUGAGGAAGAAAAGGAAUUGGAACGAUUGAAGGUCGUAGUCGAUGACAAGGGUAACUACCAGGUCGUCACAAAAGAGCAAGAAAACGUGAAGAAGAUGAAAGUCGAGAGGGUAGAAGAGCCAGAGGAGGAAGUUGAACCCGUCUUUACCGAUGAAGAGCUCCUUACUGCAUCGCCAGUUGUUCUUGGAUGGGCUUUCACAGAGAAAUACUGGCUGGAAUUCGCUGUUUCUGGUGUUGAGGAGAUCCAGUGGAAUGACAAGGCAUUUGAAUCUUUGGUUCUGCCCGAUGCUCAAAAGACCAUCGUCAAGGCUCUUGUCGAGUCUCAUACUGGGAAGAACAUUGAAUCAUCAACUAUUGACGAUGUAAUCCAGGGCAAGGGGCGGGGUCUUGUCUCAGUCCUCCAUGGCCCUCCAGGUGUUGGUAAGACGUUGACUGCAGAGGGAAUUGCCGAACUCCUAAGGAAACCGCUUUAUUGUGUUUCUUCAGGGGAGCUAGGUACUAAUCCAGCUUCCCUCGAACAAGAACUCAAUAAGAUAUUGGACAUUGCACAUUCUUGGGGCGCAGUGCUGCUUCUUGACGAAGCCGACGUAUUCCUUGAACGACGAACAAUGGCAGACAUGCACCGGAAUGCACUGGUGUCAAUUUUCCUACGUGUAUUGGAAUAUUUCCAGGGCAUUCUGUUUCUGACGACGAAUCGGGUCGAAACAUUUGAUGAUGCUUUCCAAAGCAGAAUCCAUGUUGCUCUGAGAUACAACGAGCUCGGUUUCAAAGCCAAGGUUAAAAUUUGGAAGAUGUUCCUGGAAAUGGUGAGAGUGAAGUACGGGCCUGACGCGCCAGACGUAUUGACACAAGAGGAGAUUGAGUGGCUAGCAAAGAGAAAGCUCAAUGGACGACAGAUCAAGAACUCGGUUAGAACUGCCCAGGCGCUCGCGAAUAAUAAGAGUGAGACGCUAUCCAUUAAACACAUCAAGACGGUACUUGAUGUGGCAGAGGGAUUCGAAAAUGAUCUCAAGGGAACAGGACAGUUGGAUAGUAUGCAUGCUUAUGCUUAA